UCGUGAACUAGCCGCAACUGGUUUAUAAUGGCAUAUCUGUAGAUUAUUAAAAGAUAUUUAAAUAAUGCAAAAAGUUUGUUAAUAGCAAUUAAUUGUUUCACUGCAUUUUGUGGUAAUGCAUUGCUGAUAUCGUUGCAACACUACAUAUUCAUUAAUCGAUUGCAUGUGACUGGCGCUUAUCGACAUCUCGACUAUUGUGUCUUCAUUAAAGACGCGUUGCAUUUACUGCAUGGACGUGGCUUGUGGCAUGCGCACCUCAAGAACCCCAAGCACUUUGUGGCACGCUACAGCGUCGCCAAUUGGGGCAUCUGCUUGCCGCAUGCCUGCUCCGCCCACGUGGUGCACAGCAUCAUCGAAACUAGUCUGCGGCCCUACAACAAUACGGGCAUCGAAUUUCACAUCGACGUACGCGACGAGCACUGCACGACCAGGCGCAAGAUGACCUUGAGCAAGCUACUCGCCAAGGACAACAACUUUGCCAUGGGCAUAUUUUUCAUUGGUGCCUUGACAAGCGCUUGUGUUUUGUCCACCGUCUGGCAGCACUGGGAUUGGCUCAGCAGCAAGCUGACGCGUCUUACUACAACCACCACAAGAGCUCCUCAAACUGAUGAUGAUGAGCGCACAGAGGAGGUGGAAGAAGAAGUCACUGACGAGCAACAGCAGGCAGAGCAAGACGCUAAAGAGAAGAGUGCUCCGCCUGUGCAUUUGCGGAUUCUACAGGCGUUUUCACCACAACGCACCUGGCGAUUGCUAGUGUCCCUUGAAGACCAGGACAUUGACUUUCCGCUUAUUCAUCUGCUCAGAAUACUGGCCACAUUCAUGGUCUAUGUGAAUCUGAAGUUUAUCAUGGCAGGCCACCUGCCCCUAACUAAUCGGGAUGCAUUCGUUGGCACCGUAAAUCGCUACUGGAGCUUGCCAUAUCGUCUGCCGCUGCUUCCCAGCGAUCUGCUGCUGCUGCUGCUCAGCGGAUUCCUCAACGCCAACCAGCUGUCCCAUCAAAUGGAGGCCACCUGCCGCUUGAGUUUUGUGCGCAAUGUGGCCACCAAGGCGUGUCGCUAUGUGCCCACCAUUCUCGCGGUUCUGGGCUUCCAAACUUGGAUACUGCCUCAUUUGGGCACCGGUCCGCUGUGGCAGUUGCUGGUGGCUGAGAAUGCUCGUCUCUGUGAGGAGAACAUGUGGCGCAGUGCGUUGAGUAUGCAGAAUACCGCCGACAUGGAGGACAUGUGCUCGCCAUUCACCGUGCAACUCAGCUUGGAUCUGCAACUGUAUUUCCUGGGCGCCCUUAUUGUUUGGUUGUAUUUCACCGAUCCCGAGGCUGGUUUCUUUCUAUGCGGCGCCUUUCAUGCGAUGUCCGUUGCAGUACGCUAUUCUCGCACCCAACGCGAGCACCUGGCACCAUCUCUAUUCCACGGCUUACACGUAAACAAAUUCUAUCGAACUGCGAACCUGAUUUACACAUCGCCCAUAACACGAGCCACCAGCUAUCUCUUGGGCAUUGGAGCGGCUCUCCUGUUCCGCAGCGAGUCCGGGGUCUUUCGGAUACCCACACGCUUCAAGCGUGCCGGCUGGGCACUCGCUGUGCUAGCACUCGCCUGGUGCUUGUGGUCACCGGCCGCCGGUUUGACGAGCAAAUACGUGUACAAGUCAACGGAUGCGGCUGCAUACUUGGCCUGGAGUCCCUUGAUACUUGGUCUGGCGAUUUGCUGGAUGAUUUUGAUUGCUCCAUUGGAUAAGAGCAUUGUGCAACGAUUUCCGCAUAUUGCUCGACCAGUGGUGCUUCUGUCACGCCUAGAGAUCCCACUGCAAUUGGCCAGCUAUGUGGUGGUACUCUGGACUACGGCGAGUGUCAAGGAGCCGCAUCAAUUUCUAAUGUCUGAUUUGAUCAAUCUGCAGGAGAUAGCGUGCAUUUGUUAUUUCAACUUUAGUGGCCCGCUUUUGACGCAGUCAAAGGAUAAGGAUGGAGCAGCUGAUGACGCAUCCAUGGAGGAGAGCACUGAACUUAAAUCGGACUCGCCAGAGCCAACCGAUUCGAUUUGGCCAUCGGAAUCGGAUCCUGAAGAUGAGAAAUCCUCUGAAUAA